GCAAUUGUGCGGCUGUACACGCAUACUAGUGAUUGUGCUCUCUAUCUAGGAUUAUGUAGGAUCUCAAUGGGAUCGGUCAAAUCAUAGCGUGUCGUAUCCACGGAUACCGCGAUAAUUUCAUUCUGUUUUAUGGAAUAUCCCUCUCAAAUUAUGAACUGACGUGCUUUCAAAAUGUCUCUAGAGUGUUUCCAGGCAUCUCUUGUCCUCGGUAUAGCAGGUAAUGCACUUGGUAGUAAAGGAGAAAAGUGGGGAACUGCCAAAUCGAGUGCCGAAAAACAAAAGGUAAUCGGAGAUCUCGGUGGACUCGGGGCCAUCAGUGUCGGUUCACCCGCCUGGCCCGUGGGGGAGGAGGGAGUGUUCGCUGUAACUACGAUCGAAGCUUUAGCGACGGGGAAGACAGGCGAGGAAUUGGUACGAGAUGUUGCUAUGCGUUACGCGGAUAGUAUGGCUACUGAUAUGGCCAAUAAACCAAUCAGUACUUACCUUUUGAAUCAAGUCUCUCGUCUCCAACCAACAGAUAUAGAUUAUGGCAUAUUUCAGGAUUAUAAUGACCAUGCAACUCACAGCUCUGCGGCCAUUCGAUGCUUCGGUGUGGGUCUUCGAUUUCACAAAGCGAAACACAUUCAAGAUCUGGUGGCAGCUGCGAUAGACAUCAGCAGAAUACUACACCAUCAUCCUGUAGCAUACAUGGGGGGAGUAACGGCUGCAUUAUUUACAUCUUAUGCCAUCCAGGAGAAGGAAUUGAGAGAGUGGGGUGCAGGCCUCAUGACCACUAUUCCUAUGGUGCUUGAAUAUGUCGCAUCUAGUGACAGGGAUGUCGUCCAAAAUAUGUCAACAUACCAGGUGUUUGAGCAGACAUGGAGAGAGUAUCUCCGAAUGAGAGGCAUAGCUGAUGGUCAGAGGAGACCAAAGUUUCCAAGGAAGUAUGACAUGAAGAAAAGGAAUGAACUCUAUCAAAGUCUGGCACUACCUAAUAAGGAGCUUGGCGCAAGUGGACUUGAUGCAACUCUCAUAGCUUAUGAUGCCUUACUAUCUUCAGGGGGUAGCUGGGAGGAUCUUUGUAACAACUCUAUGUUCCAUGCUGGUCAGGGUAAUGUGUCUGGCGCCCUCGCUGCUGGGUGGUGGGGCAUUCAACAUGGUUUCAGCUCUGUUCCGCUAAGCAACUACAACUCAAUAGACUUCAAGGAUCGCUUAAUGAUUGCAGCUACCAAGCUUUAUGAGCUCAGCUGAUCCCACCGGGUUGGAAAACCACGUUCUUCAAGUGCUCCAGCUAAUGCUCCUCCAGAUGAUUCUACUCCAUCAACUCGUAAGAUGUAUGACAGACGGUCGUCCCAAGCCAGGAAUCUACACCAGUCCGCGAAUAGGCCCCGACCGAUACUAGUCAAACUAUGUUCUUAUCACCAUAAGCAGAUCAUAAUGAGUAAGAAGUCACAACUCAAAGAGUCAGGAUUUAUGAUUACGGAAGAUCUCACAAAAAGGAACUUUCAAUUACUAAUGGAUACUCGCAGAUCAAAACAAGUAGAGACUGCAUGGACAAUAGAUGGAAAAGUGUUUGCAGCAGUCAAGACAGCAGGAAGUAAACCAAUGAAGAAGUUGAUAAGCUCACUUGAUCAACUGAACUCUCUCUGAAUUUUGCACAGUCGACUUUAAAAAA